AUGGCCAAAGUAAAUGAACCUGAUACCCAAUCAGAACAGGAAGACAAUCCUAACAUAAACGCUGUCAAGUUCGAAUACUCAGAUAAGAACGAAGAAAUGGAAGCAGAAUCUUCAUAUAUGGCCACAAACAGAGGCGAAAGAAAGAAGAAAAAGAAGUAUGAGUUCAAAAUGCCUGUCCACAAUGGUAUUCCAAAUAGUGGUAAAGGACCCGAUACGAUCAAUGUCCUCAAUAUUGAUUGUAUCCAAGACUUAAAACUCAGAGAAAGAGUUAUAGAAAAAUGGGUUACUGAGAUUUCACUAAUCUUACAAACAAACCCAGAUGAAUUUGGAAAUGCAAAAAAUGUUCUCCUACUUUUAGAACACAAGACUGAUGGAAUUGUGCAAAAAUUCCUUAGAAAUAAUAAUUGGAAUGAAGAAUUACAUGGAUUAGACCUUUUUGAUAGUCUUAUAAAUGUCAUUUACACUACCUUCUUAGGACUAGAUUAUAUCUCUAAUAAAGACUUCACUAUAAAUAAGAAAGUCGACAUAGCAAGAGUCUCAAUGACAAAACUCCAGUUACAUGAUAUUUGUCUCCUUGACAAAUACACAUAUAGAUAUGAAUCAUAUCUUUAUGAUAUUCCACAGAGAAGUGAAUAUUCACAAUGGAUAUCUGCUUAUCUUAUGAAAAUACCAAUCAUUGGAGAAAUCUGUACUGAAAGAUGGAAAAAAGAAGCCAUUGGAGAAAUUCAGCAAACCAAUCUUUCUUAUGCAACAAAAAUUGUAAAAGAAGAAAUUGACAGAAUAUGUCAAGACAGAUAUAAACAACAAAGGCUUAAAACUAUAAGCAAAGAUUGUUGUAACAUUCUGUCUGAUUUCAAAGAUUUUGAUAUCGGAAGGAAAACUUAUACUAAGAAGAAGUAUAAAGAUAAAAACAAAAAGAAAUACAAAUCUUUUUGGAAGAAGAAAAAGAGAAGAUUUUCUCCAGGAAAAUACUUCAAAAAAUCUUCGAAAGAAACACCUAAAAAGAAUACUUCCUGCCCACAAGGAAAGAAAAAAUGCAGGUGUUGGAUCUGCAACGAAGAGGGACACUACGCUAAUGAAUGUCCAAAUAAGAAAAAGCACCCUACUAAGGUCAAGGUAUUACAAACUGCUAAUAACGGAGGCUAUGAAGCUCUUGAAGAAGAAUAUGAUGGUAUACAACAUGUUUUCAUUUUACAUGUUGAUACUAAUUCCUCGUCAUCCUCAGAAGAAGAUGAAUCAACUACUGAUGACUCAGAUUAG